AUGAACCUUUUCCAUGGAAAAGAAAUAGUGGACGCGCACAUACGUGAGUACACAUACACAGAUUGCAAAAACAUUGCGUACAUAUAACAAACCACUGGCGGCCGAAGCUUUAACUGUGAGAUGGUCAUCUAACGAAAUAACAGCCAUGGCAAAAUUAUAAGAAUUUGACAUAGUUUGAUGCUACACUGGUUUGCAGAUUUAAUGAAUGUAACUGAAGAAGUUACAAUUCAUAGACCCAACGUUCCUGUCUAGUGCCUUCAUGUUAUAUGAUGUUAUUUCUGCGAAAUCUCACAGUGGGAGCUUGGGCCGCCAGUGAAAAAAAACAUACUUGGUGCUGCCAAGCUUUAAUUAUAUAUGCUCGAUAAGAUCAGAAUCAUUGGCUGGAACAGUUGUCUGAUUAAAUGACUGUGAAUAUAUGAAAAUCAUCUAUGUGAACUGCGGAGAAAGACGUGAAUAUGAAAGCGAUCUUCGCAGUAAUUAGUGAAAAUAAAUGGUUUUGCUCUUAAUACUUCAUCUAUGCUCAAAUUUCAAUUACAAAAACACAAUAAAUCUUGCAUUGGAAUCACUUGGCGUGAUCUCAUCAUGGAGGCUGAAGUCUUUGAUUGAUCAGCUGAGCUUUCUAUAGUUACAGGAUCCAAUCUUGACCCCAAAAAGUACUAGUAUGUGCUAACAAAAAGUUGAUGUGAAAUCAGGCCGAAAGCUUUUACAAAGAACGAAUUGUUUUUGUCGAUUCCACGAUGACUACAAUAUGAUCCGUCCCACCAGCAGGUCUCAAGUGUGCCAACAAAGGCUGUUUGUUCUAUGCCAGGUAACCAAACAACAUAUAUGUUAUAUCUUCAAUUAGUCUCUGUGCCAGACUCAUAAGACUGGGAGAAUUCCAGAAGAUGGAUUUGCAAGGUCUCAAAAUAUAAUCCUGUAGUUGAUGCAGUAAAUCAAACUGCUCUCAACCAUACACUUUAGACAGCCUCCAGUUGAAUAACCAUGGAAAAUUGCAAAGAUGUCAGUCAAGAGUAGCCAAGCUUGACGAGUAGCCAAGCUUGACGACAUUCAGGAACUAGUGAAGGAUGAUAACUAUAUAAGUUAACGGUGGAUGCCUCACCUUUCAUUCAAAAGAAAGAGUCUAGACAAAGAGCAGUCUCCUGAUAUUAAUUACUGAGAAUUCAAUUUUUCAUGCCCUCUUGGAUAGUGUAUACUUGAGGGUUACUUUUGAUCUCUCUUAUACCCUCUUGGGUAGUGAAUACCUUAGGGUUAUUUUAAUCUCUUGCAUGCCCUCCUGGAUAGUGUAUACCUAAAGGUUAUUUUUAAUCUCUUCUAUACUCUCUUGGGUAGUUGGGGUAGUUUAAUUUCCUUUAGGGUUAUUUUUAAUCUCUUGUAUACUUUCCUGGGUGGGUCAGUGUAUACCUGAGGGUCAUUAUAAAAAUUUCUUCUUUACAACUUAGAAGUUAAACAUACAGAAAAGUUUGGGUGAACAUGUAUACCUGAGGGUUAUUUUUUUAUUUGCAAUCUCUUGCAUACCCUCCUGGGUACAGCCAAUUUUGUUCAUUGGCGAUGUGUACCUGAGGGAUUAUUUUUUUGUAAAUAAAAAACUUGUUCGUCUGAAGCUCUUUUAUUCGCCUUUGAGAUCUCUUAUCUCUCUACUCGAUUUUAUACGUCGGCAAGUUGGCGUCGGGUAGUUUAUACCCUGGUAGGGUUAUUUUUAAUCUCUUCUACUCUCUCUUGGGUAGUUUAUACCUAAGGGUUAUUUUUAAUCUCUUCUACUCUCUCUUGGGUAGUUUAUACCUAAGGGUUAUUUUUAAUCUCUUGUAUACUCUAUUGGGUAGUGUAUACCUGAGUGUUAUUUUUAAUCUCUUCCAUACCCUCCUGGGUAGUGUAUACCUGAGGGUUACUUUUGAUCUCUCUUAUGCCCUCUUGGAUAGUGAAUACCCUGGGAUUAUUUUUAAUCUCUUGCAUACCCUCCUGGGUAGUGUAUACCUGAGGGUUACUUUUGAUCUCUCUUAUACCCUCUUGGGUAGUGAAUACCCUAGGGAUAUUUUUAAUCUCUUGCAUACCCUCCUGGAUAGUGUAUGCCUAAGGAUUAUUUUUAAUCUCUUCUACACUCUCUUGGGUAGUUUAUACCUGAGGGUUAUUUUUCAUCUCUUGUAUACUCUCUUGGGUAGUGUAUACCUGAGGGUUAUUUUUAAUCUCUUCCAUACCCUCUUGGGUAGUGUACACCAGAAGGUUGUUUUUAAUCUCCAUAUCCACUUGUAUAGUGUAUACCUGAGGGUUACUUUGAAUCUCUUAUUUACCCUCUUGGGUAGUGUAUACCUGAGGGUUAUUUUUAAUCUUUUCUAUACCAUCUUGGGUAGUGUUUACCUGACGUUUAUUUUUAAUUUCCUUUAUACUCUCUUGGGUAGUGUAUACCUGAGAGUUGUUUUUAAUUUUCUUUAUACUCUCUUAGGCUCUACUCUCUUUUAAUCUCUUCUUUACCCUCUUGGGUAGUUUAUACCUGAAGGUUAUUUUUAAUCUCUUGCAUUCCCUCCUGGGUAGUAUAGACUUUAGAGGUAUUUUUAAUCUCUUGCAUACCUUCUUGGGUAGCAUAUACCUGACGGUUGUUUUUAACCUCUUCUAUGCCCUGUUGGGUAGUGUAUACCUGAGGGUAAUUUUAAUCUCUUCUAUACCCUCUUGGGUAGUAUAUACCUGAGAGUUAUUUUUAAUCUCUUCUAUACUCUCUUGGGUAGUGUGUAUUUUAUUUUUAAUCUCUUGCAUACCCUCCCAGGUGGUGUAUACACUACCCUCUUGGGUAGUGAAUACCUUAGGGUUAUUUUAAUCUCUUGCAUGCCCUCCUGGAUAGUGUAUACCUAAGGGUUAUUUUUAAUCUCUUUUAUACCCUCUUGGGUAGUGUAUACCUGGGGGUUAUUUUUAGUCUCUUGCAUACUUUCUUGGGUAGUGUAUACCUGAGGGUUAUUAUUAAUUUCUUCUUUACUCUCUUGGGUAGUGUAUACCUGAGGGUUACUUUCAGUCUCUCCUACACCCUCUUGGGUCGUGUAUACCAGUGUUAUUUUUGAGCUCUUCUUUACCCUCCUUACAUGGCAAUUGUGUUAAAUAAUAUUUGUACUCACAAUGAUCAAAAUGCAAUAACAGUGUUGUAAGAAAAAGUGAAGACCAGCUUCUACCCUUUUUUAGUUGAUUUUGGCAAAAGUGAUGUCUUUGUAAAAGCUAAAAAUGCUAUUCCAAAAUCUUUGCACAUAAAAGGUCAUUAUAAGGAUAGUUGCAUUGCACCAAAGCUUGUAGACUGAACAGGGAGACCAUCAGUCUGUAUUCUCUGGAUUAUCUGAUCAACACAGUUUCUGGACUUUAAAAGUACAAACCAUGACCUGUAUAGAGAAGGGUUUGUUAGAGUUAGCCUUAUUCAGGCCUUGGCUUCGAUCAUGGAGGCGAAAUCAGCUUAACUGAUGCCAAUUUUUAGGCCAUCUUUGAGUUUCUUCUUCUUAUGUGUUUUAAAUUGUUCCUGUUUGUUUCUGUAAUAUUUGGUCAGGACUAUUUGUGGACCUUGAGUUAACGAUUUACUGUUGUCUUCUUUAAGACAUGUAUUGUUUCAACAAAGAAAAUGAGCUUAGCAUACUGCCCCUUAGGUUUUUUCAAAUUAGACCUGUUAAUUUUGUAUGAGGCUUUUCUCUGGACUCUUGUUUUUGGAAAAUGAGCAAACAAAGUAGAGUUGUAUCUGGAAAACGAUUGGAAAUGUAAUUAUUGGAUGUUGGGGUUUUUUUCCAAUUCAUUUGAGGGGAGCUUUAUUAACUUUUUUUGUAGGGAUUAUUGGAUGUCCUGGAAUGUUCAGCAAACACUUCAUGCCACCAAGAGGCAUCAAACCUUGGCUUUAAUUACUUAAUAUGCAUAUUAGCUGGCUGCACAUUGAAUGUGCAGCCAACUAAUUUGCAUAAAAAUUUUUUCCAACACAAAGCUCAUCAUGCUACAGUUGUCUGAUUGUUGAAAUUUCUUUAAUUAAGGUUACAGUUGUAAAAUUCAAAAUUGUGAAAAGGCAGCACAAAACACAAUGUCAGAAAAUAGCGUGUAAACAUGAGAUUAUAAUGAGCUUAUUAUAAUUAUGCAGAAGCAAAGUGCACACAUCAAAGGGAAAAAUAAUUUAUUCAAACCCUGCAAGUGACAUUGUGUGUUUGGUCAAAACAACUGCAUACAAUUAAAACAAUAAUAUACAAUGAUAUUUUCACAUCUUCAAGGUGCAAAAAAGUUCAAAGUCUGGCUAAACAGUUCAAGUAAACUAAACACGUUUAGUUCCACAUAUUGUCAUGACAAUUUUUUUUCAUUCAAUUUGUCCUAAAAAAAUUAUUAGAUUUGGUUUUUGUGAUAUCCAGAAUAGUCAAGGUCUUGGUAAGGGUUAUCAGCCUACCUCGACCUUGGUUAUUUUGGAUAUCACAAAAACCUCAUCCAAUAAUUGUUUAUAAUCAUGCAAGGGAUUCACAAAAUUAGGUUCUAAACUAAUGACCACCCAGGUUGUAUUUUAAGGUAGUGAUCAGACUGAAAUUUGUUUUCCCAAAACUGGGAGCUUUACACAACACUUCAAGCCUUAAAACACGGCAAUGAAGGAGAAAGAAGCAAAUUUUCACAGUACAAAACAAGUGGACAAUUGAGUAAUGAUUUAUGAUGACUGGUUUUCUUUAACUUCCAACUGAUAAAACCAUGCAAGUCUUAAAAUGUUACAACCUGCUGUAUGACUUCUAGAUGCAGGUCAUCAAAUUGGCAACCUACGCUACAAAUUUAUUUCCUUAUUUGCUUUAAUUUUUCCUAGUCUCCAUGGCAAUCAAAAUGGUUGCAGUUUGGAUCACAGUAUAGUUAAAUAAGUAAUUAUUUUUCUACCAGAUUUAUUGCCAUCAGAUAGGUAUCACUAUCCAUGGCCUCCUGCUGAGCUGACUGCCAUUUAUAGACCAUUCUAUUUGAGUGACCUUGAAGAUGCACUCAUUCCAUCUCCUGUGAGAAAAGUGGUCUUUGUCCAAGUCAACCAAACCUACGAAGAAACGGGUAUAUUGGAGAAUUUUUAAAAAUUAUGCUACCUUCAUUUUAGUAGAUGAGUUUUUCAUACUGAUUCUUUUAUUACAUUUUCAGUUUUAAUAAUUUCAUUCUUUUCAAAUGUUCAUGAUUCAUCUGAGUCUUGAUUUAUAAUGAUAAUAGGACUGAGUGGAGUCCAAUUUUGUCUAUAAUCAUUAAAGUGAUUAACAAAAUCAGACUAUUGCAAAGGGGGAGUCCGAUUUGUUAGUUAGGAGUAUGAUUACAGACAGAAUUGGACAACACGAAGUCCUGAUAUCAAUUAAUUGAAACUAUGGAACAAUUUGAGAAAGAAAGUUGACAUCAGUUAUAGGUUUUCAUAAGAAAACAAUUGUUAACUUGGUGAAAUGCAUGACAGCAGCAUGCACACAUGACACUUACUGUCCAUGUAUACAGGCGUGACACGUUAACUGUCCUAUUACACUGUCCAAUGACAAGCAUGAUGCUUACACAGUGUCCUGUUGGUGCUCAAAUCUGGCUGGUGAUAACCAAUCAUGUUUGAGAAUUUUGUUAUAGUUUUGACUAAUUCUGUUGACAUAAGAUGUGCUAUUAGAUUUGCAGUGAAUUUAGCUGUUUUGAAAAUUCUUGAAUAUUUGAUGUUUGUGUUUAAUUUCAACUUGACAUGGCUCUAGCUGGUGGAGUUUUUUCUACUAUACACCUCAGAGUGCAUCAAUCAUGGCUUGUGAAUGAAAUUUUCUUAAGUUUAUUUGAAUGUAUUUUGAAUUGCAAUUUUCUUUUCCCUUCCCCCUCAUUAUGCUUUUUGUAUUUACAUGCAAUGCUUGCAAUUUAAGCAAUUAGCUAAAGCCAGUCAUGUUAAAUACAGGGUAAACAUGGCCUUUUUUCAAAGACUCUAAUGUUUGGUAUGAUGUACAUUGGAUAACUAUUGUUAGAGCAUCUUUUUUUCUGAAAUAAUCCUUCAAUUUAAUUAUGUCUGACUCAAUAAUGAUUUAAGACCCACAAAUUCAAGGUAACUUCAAUAUCUCAUAACUUCAUGUAGCUUCAGGACAUUUUACAUGUAAUGUUGAGGUUAAAGUUUAUUUAUAACUUUUUUUAAACAGACUGGAUACUAGAAGUGGCCAAAGAAAGUUCAACAAUUGUUGGAAUUGUUGGAUGGGUUGACCUUACUGACCCAAAGGUAAAUCUCUCUAGAAAAUAUUGAUUUACCAGUACUUGAUUUGGCAAACUAUAAAAUGUUGUAAUAUUACCCACUGCAGACAUGGUUUUGAUCUUAACUUCUGACCAAGGUUUUUAAAAAAUAGAAACUUGUUAAUACUGAACAAUAAUCUUACUUGAUUUUCCAAAACUUCAGUGUUGAUCAAUUUGAUUUUAUAGAAGAUUAUUAAUUUCAUUUAACAUGAUCAAAUGAGAAAAAAUUGGAAACAGUUGAUUUUCAAUUUUUAAAGGUUGAUGCUAUUCUAGACAAUUAUAUGAAGCAUCCAAAGUUCAGGGGGGUAAGGAACAUCUUAGAAGGAGAACCAGAUGAUUGGUUGGGCAGAGAAUCUGUUCAGAGAGGUUUAGGUAUGUCAAUGGUCAUUCAAUACCCUUAAGUAAAGCCAUGCAACAUGGAUUUUUUUUUUAGUUUUAAUAUUUGCCAAGUUUGUGGCAAAUAUGCAAACAUGUGUCAUAGCAGACUGGAAAAAUCAGCCCCCCAAAAGAAUGAUUCUGCAAAAUUUCCAACUUUUAGGGCAAUAAAAAAAUACCAAGAGGUCUAUUUGAUUAUUUAAUUAAUUUGGUAGGCACAAACAUUCCAAGGCAACAGAAUUCAGUGAUGUUUCUCAGUGAAUAAAGUGAGUUGUUGCUCCAUAAAUGAUCAAAGUUUAAAAUAUCUUGUUUCCUUCCUUGUCAAUGCUAUGCUGCUUAAUAAGAAAAUGUCAAAAAUCAAAGUCAUCUCAAACCAAAAAAAAGUUAUGUGUAGUGUGCCAUUUGGGUUUUAGGCACUGAAAGAUAAUUUUAAACUUCCAUGCUGUAAUCUGCUAAUAUUAACUUUUAAAGUUGAAGAGGAAUGGAUUUAUCAUGCUUGACUUCUACUUGAACUGACUUUGAUUCUAUCCUCUCAGGAUUUUUAGAGGAAAGGGGACUGACAUAUGAUUUACUUGUAAGGUCAGUAGACAUUAGUAAUAAUUUAUUUUUCACUGUAGUAUCCCCUGAGUCCUCUUAGCACUUUUUGCUCUCAUGACUGACCAAAAGGAAAUUUCCCCCACAAUAUUGAUACAUUUUUCAGAGGAAAGAUAAUAUAAAGAAAGAAAAAAAUACAAACAAGGAUAUUUUUUUGGUUGAUUGAACACAAAAUUCUCUGAUUUAAAAUGUUCAAAAUGUUAUGGAAAACAAUUCAGAGAAUUUACAUCUGAUCAUGUUAGUGAAAAGGUUAACCCUUUAACUCCCAAGAUCUCAUUAGUAAUUCUCCUUAAUGUCUGCUAUACAGUUCUUGUGAUGUUAGUUUGGAGAAUUUGGUAUUGGAUCAACUUUUAAUCCCCUAACUGAUAUUUUUCUUUAUUCUUAUCACUUGUCUGCUUGAUAUUUUAUCAAUAUUGUAAGGAGAAAUUUUGUCUUGGUCAUUCAUGGGAGUUAAAGGGUUAAGACAUUCCAAGGUUACACCUUGGAAUGUUAUGACAGUGAUAGCAAUGAAUAUUAAUGUUAAUGAAGUAAUGGUGGUGAUGAGCUAACAAGUUUGGUACAUGUCAUAUCUGGUAAAUAGCCCCCAGGUAAGGCCCUGGGUAAUAGUUCCACCUGGCAUGCCACAUGACACACUGAUUUGCAUAAGUUUGUACUCAUGACCGUGGUCCUGCUUACUAUCAACCGAUGGGAACUGUAAUUACCUAAGAAAUCACAGAAAUUUAUUAAUUUGUUUAUUUCUCUUCUCAAAGGACAAGGCACUUGAAUUUGGCUAAUGAUGUGGUUCAAAAGUUUCCAAAGUAAGUUUUGUCAGAAAUUUAUUUUGUUUUUUUUAAUGGUUGUUGUUGUUGUUGUCGGUGUUUUCCUCAUUCUGUACUAUUCACUGUUUUCAUUUUUUUUUUAUGUAGACCAAUAAAUGUAGAAGCAUUCAAUAAUUUGUCACACUUCUCUUUGCCUGUACAUAAUCUUUUGAUAAGAGGGUCAAUUUUAUGUUACUUUACACUCAAAUGUCUUUGUUAAUGAUUUGGAUGAGGCUGUUAGUCUGGCAAGGAAAGGAGGGAAGCUGUAUGCAGGAGUACCCAUGAGAGGAUUGGACUAAAAUGUUCAAAGGAAGCUCAUCUCAAUCCUGCUCAGUUUUAUUGAUACAAAAAAGUCAAACUUGAAAACUUUAAUUGUAACAGAAAAUAACUGAAUAUGAUUAGACUAAAAUGUCAGUUCAACUACAUGGUUAAUACUGCCAAUGAAAACCUUCGUCUCAAAGUCUUUUUUAUCGGUAGAUUGACCUUUUAGUGAGAGGAAGUACACACAGGAGGGUUUACUCACAGAUUUUGUGGAACAGCAUUCACUUUUAAGCUUUCUUUUCUUUUUUUCUAAUUUUAGCCUGAAGUUUGUUGUUGACCACGCUGCAAAACCAGAAAUUAAAGAAGGCAAGAUAGAUGCCUGGAAAAAGGGAAUGCAAAUUUUGUCUCAAAAUCCGAACGUUUUUUGCAAAAUGUAAGUAAAGCUUGUAAGUGGUUAUAGGUUGCGCUCCUACCAAGUAUAUUUAAUCAAGAGAGCUGUCUUCUCAAUUUCAUUUACGUUACUGCGAUAUCCCAAUGUCUGACCAUUAUUCGUGUUGUUGGGUGGUGCUUGAAGUUACGUUGAAAACUCUUAAACAACUUUGCAGUCGAACCAGGUCACUGGUGCUACUCCUCACUGACCCAGGUCCAUGGAAACUGGGUUGGCUUCUCUAUCUCCCUCCGGGUGUAGCCUACCUACCUUGCCAGAGGGGGUAAGUUUCGAAAGAAACUGUGUCGCUGCGUCGGUGGGAGGGUAUAACAGGGUAAUUUAGUCUUAUCAACUGUGUUAAUAACGUAGAUUGGCCACCGUAAAUAAUAUAAAAGCUGACGUUUGAGCGUUUGCCCUUCGUUAGAGCGAGUCAACUUUAACACUCUUUACAGUGGCCAAUUUAUUUUAUCAACUCAGUUGAUAAUACUGAAUUACCAUACCUGCCCAUGCUAGCCUCGUCAUUGACUGUUCCUCUCCAGUUGUCCUUGAAAGGUUCUUGAUUAGGGUUCAAGGGUGUUUAAAGUCUUGAGUCAAAAGAUUCAGCCUCAACUAAGUAAUGGCCCUACCGCAACCUUAUCAAUCUGCAGGACCAAGUUGUUCAAAACACAAUCAACACUCAUACAUUAGAUCAUCAUAACAAGGCAACGCACAAUUACUUGCUCGGUAAAUGCAACUUAAAAGUGUGGAGAUACUUGAACACUGAGGUCUUUAUCUUACGCUUGCAGAUCGGGGCUAGUGACAGAAGCUUCUCAUGAAAAAUGGAAAAUUGAAGACUUAAUUCCUUACGCACAGGUCAGUAGUUAAUUCUUACGUGUAGAAACAUCUCAUUCAUUCCUUGGUGGGCACGAUCAACACUUCGGUUAAUUGCCAGGCUUCUAGGAGUAGAAUAAGACGGAUACCGCGCCUUAGCAAGGCCAGGGACUGAACUUCUCAAAUUUCGCUACGACGCUUUAAUUACCAUUAUCUAUUUAUGGUUGAUACUUGAUCACAUAAUUCAUUGCACAGUGCAGCUUGAAUUUCUUGCUUCGAUUUGUGUUUGUUUCGUCUUUCCGUUUUUUUUUUAGCACGUUACUUCUGUAUUUGGAGCGAACCGAUGUAUGUUUGGCUCUGAUUGGCCAGUUUGCACGAUGGCGAGAGAUGCAUCUUAUCAUCAAACCUUUCAAGCCUACCUGCAGAGUAUUUCAAAUCUAACGGAAGAAGAGAAGCAGGCGAUUUUUUGUAACAACGUAGUGAAAUUUUAUGGAAUUAGAGCUAGUGGUUAUGGAAAAUGAGCAGAUUUACUAAAUAAUUUAAUUUUUGUACGUAACGUGCGACGAUAAUGUGGUCAUAUCAUCACGGCACCCCUGAUUAAGAGAUUUAAGCCAACAUUUACACCAAUCUGUAUAAUAUGAAUAUGGAAUCUAGAAUUAUAAGAGUUAUACUUAACGUGUUAUUUCUACAGUGUGCCUUCAAAACUGCUUGAUCAAAUGUAGAAACUGCUUACGAACUAUUACGAUCUGAGACGUCUAUUUAAAGCUAGAAUGCCAUCUUUGAUAGUUACCAAAGAGAAAUCAACUCCAUGUGGAUUGUAGUUUCAGAACAACGGAGAUUUCCAAUUAGAUUCAUAUGGUGAAGUCAUUAUUCUUCCUAACUCGCCUUUAUCUUUCAGUCUUUUUUAAUCAUAAAAUUCACUUUUAGUGAUAGUUAGAAAGAAUACGUGAAAUACUUUAGAGAAAGGAUCAGCUUUAAUUAAGAUCAGCAUUUCUGUUACAUUUUCUUUGUUUCUCCACUUUAUUUUUUUGUUUACAUGUAUAGGUUAGAAGACAUUUGUAUGAUGAAAGGUGUUUUGCUGACAGAACACGAUUUUUCUGAACCAAAACUUUCAGUAGACAGGUUAAGAAAGAAAGAAGACG